AAACCUGAGUGUAUUUGCUGUGUGCAGCAACCACAAAUAAAUACUGUAGUAUUUGGGUGUUCUCUUGCUGACCUUGUGCUGCAGUAACAUGUGUCUGAUCACCUGUACAAUGGACAGGUGUUACCUGACUGUCACAACUGUAGAGCAGCGGUUCCCAAUCCCCGGGCCACGGACCAGUAUGAGUCACAUCCCCACUUCCUCUCAGCGGAUUUUCUGCAGGUCGAAGGUCAUGGCACUGAUCUCUUUGGAGGAUCUCGAUGGAUUGGAUGACGAGCAGCUGGACGAUGACGUCACAGACAACCCCGAGCCAAUGGAUGAAGAUGAGUCGGAGCGGCUGAUGAGUCACUGGCAGGCCGUCGCCAGCACACACCAGGUGUCAGUUCCUCAAGAAAUGAGAGGACCCAUACAGGAAAUGACACGCAACAGCCAGCAGAGGGAGCCCCUCCCCUUCACACCCAUCUCAAGCCACGAGAAGAUGGGGGAGGUGCAGUACGAGGAGCGGCUGUACCCGGCGGGUCACUGGGCGUGCGUGACACGAGGAGACGACUUGUACGAGCAGAGCAUCUCCAUGGCCUUCAUGAAGCUGAUGCGCUUCAUCUGCAAGGAGAAUUCUGCAGGUAGAUACCUGGGGAUGACCGUACCCGUCAUCAGUUACAUCCGCAUGGCGAAGGACGGCAAGACGUUCGAGAAGGAUGUGGAGACAGCGUUUUUCCUUCCCGCCGCGCUCCAGCACAGCCCACCGCAAUCCUGCGACCCUGACAUCAGCAUCGUCUACAGACAGUCAAUCAGAGUGGUCACCAGGCCGUUUUUCGGGACGACCACGGAGGAGACAGUGGGCCGGCAGAUCCUCCUGCUGUGGGAGAUUCUCGGUGCCACUGACGAGCUGCACAGCGAUCGCUACGCCGUGGCCGUGUAUGAGAACCCGGGUGUGCCACGACGCCGGAACGAGCUCUGGUUCAUCAGGCGUGAUGUUUAGGCUCCUCCCAUCAUGCUCUAUUUCAGCAUGUCCACUUACAGCUUCCUGUCAAACAUCAGAGCAGUCAUCUGUUAUGAGGACACUAAGCCCCACCCUUUCCAUUAGCUCACACUUCACAGGUCUGUUCUGAUUGGCUGGAGCAAGGUAUUGAUGCCAUAAGGGCUGAUUCUGAUUGGUUUGUUGGUUUACUUACAUCAUGUAACGACUGUUUAUUUACAAAGACAAAAGGGAGGCUCCGCCCACAUGUCUUCCAGCAACGCAAUCAUCAUCAGUGAUGUAAUUGCGGCGUCCAUUCGCAACUCUUCUCUCCUCUUUCUGCAAAACCGGAAGUGACACGGUGUCGGUACCGGCACUUCCAGUUUAGUCUGAUUGUAGCAACCAAUCAGCUGAAAAAGCCACCUGAAAAGGAACCCCUCCCCCCGGACCGGUCAGAAGACUGAGGUAUUGAUCACAUGAUCAACGGCAGCCUGAAACCUUAACACAUGUGGUCAGUGAGUCCGAAGGUCUCAUAGAUGACAUCGCCAGAGGGGGGAGGGGUCAUGGGUCAGUAUGUUUUUUAUGUUUUUUUAUGCGCUGACAUCACCAGUGCGUUCAGAUGAUUCCUCUAAAUCAUUCAAGCACAUCACACGUCACACGACUCCUUCAGACAUCCUGCCACUCGCGUGUGGUUCCUCGCAGGACUGUGAUGUCAAAGGUUUUGAAUGUUGUGCAGAUUUUGUGUGUUGUUUUUGUUUUUAUUUUUCCUGCUGUGUGUAAAAUCUUGAAAUAAAAUGUUUGAUUUCAAUAAA